AUGGCGGUGGCACCGGUGACGGCUAUUCCUCCGACAGCUUCAGGUUCUUCGGCUCCUAUCCCAGGGAUACUUGAAGCCGAGCAGGAGCGGUCGUUGGCGGUGUUGACGGCCUUCAAACGGUUCAAUCCGCCGACCUUUGUGGGUGAUGUGAAAGACCCAUGGUUGAUGGAGGCGUGGCUUUCUGCGAUGGAGGCGUUGUUCGAGGAUAUCUACACCCUCAAGAAGGACAAGGUUCGGUUGGCGGCUCACUAUUUAGAGGGGCUGGCUCGAUCGUGGUGGACGAGAGUGAAGAAUGGUCGGUCUUUGGAUCCGGCUACUAUGACUUGGGAGGCAUUCCGGGAGAUUCUGCUAAUGGAGUACUUUCCAGAAAGUGACAAGCGGAAGAUCAAGGAGGACUUUCGCAAGUUAAGGCAGGGAAGCCGAACGGUGCGGGAAUAUGAAAGGGAAUUCUCGCACAUGGUUAACUGUGUUCCCGGCUUGGUUCACGGUGACCGAGAUCGGGAGGAGGUCUUUGAGCGUGGAUUGCGGCCGGAGAUAUUCAAGACUGUUCAUGCGCUUCGGCUGAAGACCUAUGAAGAACUGCUCGAUCGCGCGCUAUGGAUAGAGCGCGGCAACCAUUGCGCGUGA